AUGGGCACUCUGACGGCUGACCUUCCUCGUUUGCCCGAGUAUUGUGACCACAAGUUGCCAACCUCGUGUCGCCUAUCCUCUAUCCCCAACUGCUGUGCCUGUGCUGAUGAACGAGCCCACCAAUCAAGUUACUCGACAUAUGUUGACGGUGUUGGUUUCGUUGCUAGGGGUGCACGCUGGGAUCGCUACUGUUGGCCUUGCUCUCAGUUCUGGAGAAACAGAGUCGCUCAAACAAACCUCCUACCAACGCAAACACGCAUCCCCCAAGUUCCCGAUCAGUCCGGUUUCCUAGAACGAUGGUAUCAGUUUUACAAUGGCUAUAGAACCGUCAGCCGGCCUGAUGGUGCUCAAGAAAGAGUUGCUGUCUUGGGUGAACGCUUUAGGGAUGUUUCUCCUGGUCGUCUACCAAGAACGCUAGAUGAGUUGAGAGCCGGUCAAGAACGAAGCGAUGCGGAUCAACGCCAACACGUCCAGAUAGCGAGAAACGAUGCCCCCGAAGGCCCUUCUCUGGAAGAUGCCCUUGACCAGAUGUUCGAAGAGGCCGAAGAGGAGGAACAAAACGUCCAACAAGAGUCUGUCCAACCCGCAGAGCAAGAUCAACCUCCCACACUGAUACAUGCCCCGUUUACUUUCAAUUCGAACGACGGCCAUAGCAACAAUCACAUCGCAGGCCAGGUCAUGAGAGCUGCUCCCUCGAGGAAUCCCGAAUACCAAGCCCGCAGAAUCGCUGCUCUCAGACGCGAGCUCCUCAGAAUGCGAAGUGGCAUCGAGCGAGUCAUAUCCGGCCUUAGAGAUCUCGGCGAACCUAUUCCGGAUCAUACAGAUACCACCAGUCGACUGUCCGAAUUGGGGAGGUCACUUGACACCAUGUCUAUCAGGAAUCUGCCACCGUCGUCAACACAGUCUGAGUCUGCCAAUCGAGAGGAACGCGCCCCCAUUGUUGGGUCUGUCUAUCGUAACCCUGAGUUUACCAAUGUCCAACAACGCUUCGAUGAAGCUCAACGACAGCUCGAACAAGCUCAGAGGUUCCGUGAUCAAGCCGCAGCAGAGUUCCAAUUGGCUCGGGCUAGCCAUACCGAAACCUCAGAGAUUCUUGAGGGUGCAGAGCUGGAUCUGACUGAACAUAGAGAGCAGGUCUCUCAACUUCGGCGUGAACAGCGGACGGCCGAGAACUACACUCGCCUGUUUGGCUCACGAGAGGACAUGGAAACUCAGGGUGCAGAUUACGAAAGCCCUAUCGGUGGCAUGUUCACUCGUGCGUAUGAACGGUUCAGAGUCGCCGAAGAAGUUCGACAAGACGAGAGGACUUUGCGACAAGUGCUGGAGCACGAACAAAUGGCUACUGGGCCGCUUUUCUCAAACGACAGUGAAGAACCUCACCCAGCUGCCGAUACAGUAUACGAAGACCGUCUGAACGAAUACUACUCUAUGCUCAGACAGCAAGACUGGGUGCAGAACAUUCGGCCACGCACAGAGAACGAUGGUGCUAGUCCUGAACCCAGUCCCUCAAAUAUCAACGCCACAGUUCCGUCAGUAGCGGACGAGGCAGGAGUGGUUGCGUCUGAGCCAGCCCCUGCCGAAACUCAGCACAGAUCCACACUGGAAAGGCUUCUACGUAACACCCCAGAGCCUCAAAGAAGCUCCAUCAUUGCACGCAUGGAACAAAACGGGACCGCUGCCGCUAUCCGAGAAUCAGACAAUGGCAACCACCUGGAUGUGUGGCGGCGCCUUCGUGAUGCAUAUGCCCCUUUCCGAGGCAACUGGGAGGAGGAAAGUGAAUCAUCAGAGGAAGAAGAUCGUACUAGGGGUGGUCUCGAUGCUGAAGACUCUGGACGCCCCGAACCUAAGGAGGAUGGCGACAUGACUCUCAAGCUGGAUUGCAAGAUUUGCUACACCCAAACCGCGGAUACUGCCUGUCUUCCUUGUGGACAUCUGGUCAUGUGCCAAUGGUGCAGUGCACAGCAUUCGCCUGUCAUGCAGCACGACAGAACGAGGCCGCGCAAACCCGCCAACUGUCCGGUCUGUCGCAAGAAGAUCAAGCAGAAGGUGCGUAUUUUCCGAGCCUGA